GAAUCACACAUGUGGUUGGAAAGACAUCAGUGAAGAACCAUCCUACAGCUGGAGACGGCAGAUGGUAAACACCUCAGUACCAGGACAGGACCACACCACAGGGACCCCUUGGGGGUAUGUCAUGUACAUAGAUGGUGAAAAAACUCAUUUCAUCCACGAAGCCACGUUGGAGUAUCCUGUCAACCAACUGGCUGCUUUGGGAUGCCAAAUCAGGUUUUGGUAUCAUAUUUAUGAAGAUAAUUCAUCCCCAAUAUCAACAUCAUCCCUUAAAGUAAAAAUGAUCAGAGGCACAGUUGAGAGAGAUUUACUAAAGAUUUCCAAAAUAAAAACUGAUGGUUGGGAGAAUGCAACGGCUUUUAUUGGUAAUCAACCAGGAGGCUACCAGCUGCUGUUUUCUUUCGACCCUUCAUUUAUGGAACAAAAACAUGUGAUGCUGGAUGAUAUCAGCUUUGAGAACUGUGCAGAGGGAGAAAUCCCAGAGGAAUCAGACAACCUCUCAUGUGAUUUUGAAAAGGAUACCUGUUCCUGGUACCAUGACUACACAUCUAGUCUGUUGUGGAAGAGAAGCACUGGGGCAUAUGAAGACCUAACCGGGAAUGGUUACUUCAUGUUUAUAAAAGCUAAGAACCAAAUGAAUAUAUCAUCAUCAGCCAGGCUCAUCAGCUUCCCUAAACCUGCUGGCCAAACCAUCUGUGUGAGCUUCCAUUACUACAUAUUUGGGAACAGCAUUGGAUCCCUGAGGUUUAUUACGAAACACUCUGGGGAACCAGAAACAAUCGUCUGGAUGCGAAGUGGCACACAGGGAAACAAAUGGCGGUUUGCAGAUCUUACCUUCAACAGCGACAGACCAAUACAGUUCAUUAUAGAAGCUGUGGUGGGCGGCACACAGGGGAGUAUUGCCAUUGAUGACAUUGAGGUGGCCGCUAGUUUGAAUGGCUCGUGUCCACCUGAGAGAGAGUGUACUUUCCAGGGUUCUCUUUGUGGCAUGCAGCCUCAUCCCUCUGCGAGCUUCAGCUGGAACCGGAUCACAGGCAUGUCCCAGCCAGCCAACUCUUCAGGUCCCACCAAAGAUCACACUCUGGGGACAGAUCAAGGUUACUACUUGAGUGCUGGAUUAUGGAAGCACUCUGUGGGAUCCAGAGGGGCUAUGCUAGCUCUGAUGGAACCUACACCGCUUGAUGGGGAGUGCCUAAUGUUCUGGUAUUACAUGGAAGGAACAGGAGUGGGUGAACUGAGUGUUUACCUUCAAACUGAUAGCCAAGAAAAUGCCACCAAGCUGUGGAGAAGGAUAGGCGACCAGGGAUCACACUGGCGGCAUGGGAGAGUAACACUUUACAAUCCACAAAGCAAUUAUCAGGUGGUGUUUGAAGCAAUAGCUGGAGAUGAACCAAUGAGAGAUAUUGCUAUUGAUGACCUCACCGUCUUGAAUGGUGUCUGUCCUCCACCAGGCUUUUGUGACUUUGAGAUGGACUUCUGCAGCUGGGUCAACAGUCCCCCAGCAGAGUCUGAAGUAGAGUGGGACUGGCUCUCAGGCCAAAGUGAUGAACCUUUUAUUCCUAGAAGAGACCACUCAACAAAUUCUCCUUUAGGCCACUUUGCAUUUUUAAGGCCCCUUGAGUCUGAAAAAGAAGAAUUUGCCCAGUUGGAGAGUGAGUCCAUGGAAGCAGUAGAAAGUGGUUGCAUAAAGAUCUGGCACCACACUGAAGGAUGGCGUAUUGGACCAUCAGACAUUACACUAACAGUGUUUUUAAGUGAGGCUGGUGUUCUGCAUCCCCUAUUCAGUACUAAUGGUUACAUGAAUUCCACGUGGAUUGAAGACAGAGUGAAUUACAAUUCAUCCAGUCUUCAUAAGAUUAUUUUACAAGCCCGCUGUCCAGUUUUGAACGACCAAAGUUUUGCACUAGAUGAUAUCCAUAUCAUCCGAGGCAAAUCUUGUGAAGAUCUUAUCCCCACCACGACCAACUCUCCCACCACAACUACCAGUGCUCCUCCCUCUAACAUGGACUGCAGCUUUGAAAAAGGUUUGUGUAACUGGGUCCAGGAGGACACUGAUGAUAUAAGCUGGACUCUCAGCAAUGGACUUCAAGUGGAGGGCGUGUGGAAUGGGCCUCAGUAUGAUCACACUGUUGACAGUGAUCAAGGUUUCUUUUUACUGCUGAAUGGAUCUGGUUUGAAGGAUGAUGAGAAGGCUGUUACCUCGGUUUCUGUCUCUCAUCUUUGGUCACAGAGCUGUAUUCAAUUCUGGUAUUAUAUGCUGGGGCCGUCAGUAUCCACCCUGAAUUUGCUACUUCAAACCAAGUCCUCUGAAAUCUUGGUCUGGACUCGUCAAGGAACCCAAAACCCGGGCUGGAUCAGAACACAAGUAGCUGUAAACUUGACUGACGCACUUCAGAUAAAGUUCAGUGGGCAGAGGAACAUCCAUAGUCACGGAUUCAUUGCUAUUGAUGACAUUACAGUCAGAGCGGGAAGCUGCAGUAAUCAGAAUGAAUGUGGAUUUGAUUCGGAUUGGUGUGGAUUUGAGAAUCGCCUUAGUGACAGGGGUCGCUGGAAUCGCACAAGGGGAACAAAGCAUCAUGUGGAUAAGACUUAUGGGACUGAAAAUGGAUUCUACAUGUCUGUGAUAAUAUCAGAUUCUGAGCAGAAGGAGACAGCUGAGCUGCUCUCCCCAGUGUACUCUUCAGAUACAGAGAUGUGUGUACGCUUCUGGUACAUGUUGCCUGCAGAGACCUCCAGCUAUCUUUCUGUUCACGUGCUGAGAAGUGGGCAGCUUGGUGAUGUCCUUUGGCGUCGCUCUGGAUUCCCCUCCAAACACUGGGAAGUGGCUGAGGUCACUGUGUCCUCACCUGCACCUUUUAAUGUGGCAUUUCAGUCCGUUCAUGUGCCUGGCACCAAAGAUACAGUAAAAAUAGAUGAUUUCUCUGUGAGGAAUGGAGCUUGUUCUACCCCUGCUAGCUGUGACUUUGAGUCUGGACAAUGCACAUGGGUCAACAUGCACACAGAAGAUGGACAUGGGUGGGUCAUGUCCCACGGAGGCUCCCAUGGACCACCAAUGGACCACACCACUCAAACCUCAGAUGGUUGGUUUUUGCUGAGCUCAGCAUUGCACCAAGGCCAACACAGCGUAGCACAGGUUGUGUCUGAAUGGAUCCAACUGCAAGACACCCCAUCUUGUCUCACCUUCUGGUACCAUAUGGGUAGCAAGGAUUCUGGCACACUAAGGUUGUUUGCACAUUCAGACCGAGCAGAAGAGACUCUAAUGUUUCACAGCAACAGCAGUGGCAGCAGCUGGACCCGAUCCUCCCAGUCACUUUACAUGUCUGAACCUUUUCAGCUUAUGAUUGAGGCAGAAAGCAACAACAAGGGAUUUAUUGCCAUUGAUGACAUCAGUCUCACAGAGGGUCUUUGCCCAGAAAAUGAAAUAGGAGGAUUUGAUGGCUGUUCAUUUGAAAAUGGCACCUGUGACUGGCAGGAUAUCAGCGUUGGACAGGUUCAGUGGGUGAGAGGAAGGAACGGCACGGGGGACAGUGGACCCUCUGUGGACAACACACUAGGAACUGAGCUGGGUUGGUACAUGGGAUUGGAGGCUGAUAGAGGGGGAGAAAUGAGUCCUGCUACGCUGCAAAGUCCCAUCAUGAGAGAGGCCAGCUCUACUUGUACUCUACAGUUUUACCUCAACAUGCAUGGAGAGGAGUCAGAGCUCAAGGUGCUCUUAAAGGAAGGCCCCAGGAUCACCACAUUGUGGUGGCUAGCUGGAAACAAUGGAGAUUUGUGGCAGCACAGCAAUGUUGUGAUUGGCCGGAUUCCCCAAGAUUUUACCCUCCUGUUUGAAGCUUCCACUAACUUCAACAAACCAGGACACGUUGCUGUAGAUGACAUCGACUUCACCAACUGCUCCCUUCCUGAACCCCAGUCGUGUUCCGAGAAUACAUUCAUGUGCAACAACAGCGCAUGUAUUGAUCCCAGCCAUGUGUGUGACUUCAGCGAUGACUGCGGGGACAGGUCUGAUGAGAAUGACUGUGAAAAGCAAGGUGUGGUGGAGCGUUGCAACUUUGAACAAGGCCUGUGUUCUUGGGCAAACAGCGACGUGGACACACCAGGAGGUGAUUGGACACGGCAAGCAGGAGAAGAAGGCUGGCCCAGUCAUGGUCCACCGAGGGAUCACACUCACAACUUGGCCACAGGUCACUAUAUCACACCUGGGAGUCACCUGACUGCAAGGGGCCAGAUAUCUGAGAUUCUUUCAAAGACAUUGUUACCAAGCUUUAACUGCACUGUGAGAUUCUUUUACUUCAGCAUGAGUGAUGAUUCAGCUCAAUUGACAGCAAAGUCCAGAACACUGAAGUCUGGUAUUGAUGACAAAAUGCUGUGGAUCAGGGGAUCUUCCCACAGCUACAGCUGGCAGAGGUCAAAGAUCACGUUCUCCUCCUCAGUCAUUAGCAAGAUUGGUUUUAGAUAUGAGCUUGGGGACACUGAAAGAGGGCUUGUUGCCCUCGAUGACAUCUCUUUCUCCAGGGAAUGCAUUUUCGACCCUGAAAACAGCAAACUACCCGAAACAUUGCCUACCUCUUCCCCACAUACACCUGCAGUAACAACCACACUCAUGAGUCCCUGCCAGGAUAAUGAAUUUUUUUGCAGCCGUUCUGCUGGGAAAGUGUGUAUUCCUGUGACGUUACAGUGUAAUUAUUAUCCAGAUUGCCCUGAAGGAGAAGAUGAGUCUGGCUGUGGCUCAUGUACAUUUGAGAAUGAUCAGUGCCUGUGGAGUGACGCCAGUGAAGGACCAGCAAAAUGGCAGCGACAGAAAGCCAGUAACAACACUGAACCCUCUGAAGAUCACACUACACAAACUGGCUUCUACAUGGCAGUAAAUCUCAGUCAGGAUUCCACACAAACAGAAGCCAAACUCCUUAGCCCCCAACUCAAACCUUCAUCCCCCUACUGUCAGCUACUGUUUCACUUCCACAUCAGUGCAGGGAGUACUGGGUCACUCAGAGUGCUUAUGCAGCAAGCUGAGGGUGGUGAAGCAAUCCUGUGGUCACGCAGUCACAACACUGUCUCCCUCUGGGCCUUAGCGCAAACGCCUAUAGGCCUGUUUCAGCAGACCUACAAGGUUUGGUUCAGUAGUACAAGUAAAGCCACAGGGCCCAUCAGCUCUUCUGGAGACCAUGUUGUUGCUGUGGAUGACAUCACCUUUAUUAACUGUGAAACAACCUAUGAGCCACCAGCCCUGUCUUCUUAUGGCUGUACGUUUGAAGAUGGAUUGUGUGUUUGGGUCCAGGGAGCUGAAGAUGAGUUGGACUGGAGCAGUGGCUCAGGUCCCACUGAAACCCCCAAUACUGGGCCUGCAGGAGACCACACCAUUGGAACAGGGAAGUAUCUGUACGUUGAGAGUUCUCAUCCAAGUGAGAAGGAUAACACAGCACAGUUAAAAUCUCUACUUCUGCCACCUGCUGGUGAAAAUGGAUACUGUUUCACAUUUUGGUACCACAUGUUUGGAGCUACUGUGGGUUCAUUGAAGAUGUUUCUGAAAUCAGCUGACUCAUUGAACAAAAUACUGGUGUGGCAACAAUCAGGAAGCCAAGGGGAUGAGUGGUUGCUGGUUCAGAGCCAUGUGACCUUGCAAAGAGUACAUCAAGUGAUUCUGGAGGCCUCCGUAGGGGGAGAGGCUGGUGACAUAGCUAUUGAUGACAUUUCACUUAUCCAUGGACCUUGUCCUGACUCUGACUUGUGUGACUUCGAGUUGGGCAGCUGUAACUGGCAGCAGGAAACAUCAGAUGAGUUUGAUUGGAUCAGAAAGUGGGGCAGCACACUCAACCCCAACACAGGACCAGAGAGUGACCACACCACCAACACACCCACGGGUCACUAUUACUACCUGCCUUCCUCUAUGGAUGACCAAGCUGGCCAAAAAGCUUUAAUGUCUUCGCCUCUAUACAGUGAAAGUAAAGGAUCUUGUUUGCAGCUGUGGUACCACAUGUACGGCAAAGGAAUGGGCACACUGAAUGUUUAUCAACAGAAUCUAGAUGGGAAGGAGGUUCUGAUUUUCUCACAGACAGGAAACCAGGGACGGCUGUGGAGGUUCGCUCAGGCUGAGCUCCUGCCACGGACGCAGCCAUACAGAAUUGUGGUGGAAGGCGUGAAGACCGGACCAACCUUGGAGGGAGAUAUGGCCUUUGACGAUGUACAGCUCAUAGAUGCGCAGUGCCCUCCUCAUGGUUUCUGUGACUUUGAGAGGUCCUUCUGCAGCUGGAGCAACUUGGGUGGUAGAGUCGACCAGGGAGACUGGCUUCUUGGAGCAGGAGCUUCCCCAAACCCCAACACUGGACCCACUGUUGACCACACAACUAAUUCCUCUGAUGGUCACUACAUAUAUGUGGACAGCUCAGUGGGUGAGUGGGGAGACAUGUCCUACCUUGUCAGUGACGUGUUCCAGCCAUCCUCAAAGGGACACUGCCUUACAUUUUGGUACCACAUGUAUGGCAGCCACAUUGGGACUCUCAAUGUCUACAUCAAUGACAGGAAAAUGCAUGCUGGAGGCAACGAGGAAGGACAUCUGAAAUGGACUAAAGCAGGAAACAGUGGAGACCAGUGGCUGCAGGACAGUGUGUCUAUUAAACAUGACGAAGCAUUCUGGUUUGUGUUUGUGUAUCAAAGAGGAAUGAGUAUAGGGGGAGACGUGGCUCUUGAUGACAUCACCAUCCAACCGAGCAGCUGCUACUCUGAGCCUUCAGUUCUUCCCUCAGAUAAUUCAAAUGCGCUCUGGGCUGGCCUUGCUGUUGGUCUGACUCUGCUGAUUGGAAUCAUCAUCACUAUAUUCCUUUUCAUGCUGAACCGAAAAUGGAAGUCGGUGAACACGUUAACAAUAACGAAUAAUGAGAUUCCCAGAGAAAUCUCCAUGUUUGACAUGUCCGACCACACACAACAUGAUACACAACCUGAUUAUACAACUGACUUCUCCUUCUUCAACCAACUGUAUGAUCCAUCAGGACACACUACUGAGAACUCUUCUGACGCUUAGCCUGGUUUAGACUCCAUUACUUCAUUGAGAGUGGAAUAUAAAUGUAUUAUAUUUGUUCCGCUUUCAUAUUCAGUAUGAUUUUUUUUCUGUUCAAUUUUUAAUUUUUUUUGCAUUCUCCCUCAUGUUUCUUCAGUUGGUGCUUGGUUAAAGCUUUUGGAGACAUUUUUUUUCCAAAGUGGAGAAUGUGUUCACUGCUUUAGUCUUUUUCUAUUUACUGAAGCAGCUUUGCUCUAUAGAUUCAAAUGAAUUGAUUCUCCUAUUUUAAUCAAAACAACUAU